GGGUGUGCACUACAAGACAAGAAGGCAUUCCAUCUCUGUCCCUCUCUCUAAUGGCAGUGUCCACUGAUAGAGUCGCUGAUCUUCAUGUGAUUAGAGUAUUACUAGUCAAUGGAGACUCCCGCAGUGUUAGACUGGAUGAGAACACUGAUGUGGCAGAUAUAGUCUAUUAUAUACUGAGUAGACUAAGAGCUAACUUAGAGGUGGCCCCUCACUUGUUUAGUAUAUUGUUAGAACACACUGUCUCUGGAGAAUAUCACUGGCUUAGCUCAGGAUACAGUGUCCUAGACCUCAUUACUUCACACUGUGGGUCAAGACCACUUCAUGAAUGGAGUUUUUCAUUAAAAAUACGUGUGUUACCAAAGACCCCCCAGCACCUGUUUACACAGGACCCAGUGGCUUUCUCAUAUUAUUAUGACCAGAUACUUCAUUCUUACCUCGAGGAUGACAGUAUAGCAGUUGAUAAUGACACUGCCUUGAGGUUAGGUUGUCUAGAAAUGAGGAGGUUCUUUAGGGACAUGUCACAGACUGCCCUCAAGAAGAAGGAGAACAUUAACAUGCUGGAGAAAGAAUAUGGUUUUGAAAAGUUCUUCAAGAAGUCGUUUUUGCAGUCAGCUCGUAGCAAGAAAAAGAAUUUAUCAAAAAUGAUACAAUCAACUUUUCAACAAUACGAAAGCCUUACUAGUGAUGGCUGCAUUUUUCAGUUCUUUGCAAUUUUGGGACGUUUUAAUCCUCUGGACAUUGACAAGUUUCAUAAUUGUGCCAUUGGAGAGGAGUCCAGUACUCCAUUAACUACUGUAGUGUUUGUUGGUCCAAACUGUGAAGUUGAAUAUCAAAUUGAAGCCACUGGAGAAAGAAAGUUCUUGGUAUCGUUUAAUGAUAUUCAUGGUAUAGUUUAUGAGCCAGAGCUAGCUACAAGAGGAAAGGUUACUUUAGAACUGAAGACCAGUUCGCCCAUAGUAAUACGGACUGCUCAAUUAAUAACAGCAGUUCAUCUCUCCACGCUGAUUGAUGGAUACUGUCAGGUUUAUACUACACUGCCUCAUUCAAGACUCUCCAAUGGAAUGGCAAGGGGAGCACCUGUUGAACCUCCUGCAUCAAUUAUGGCUCCAAAUUUACCAGUUGAAUUCACCAAAUCAGAUGAUGAUGAUUAUGCUCACGUGAAGGAUCCUGACAGACUAAUGAAGUCUUUGGGUCGUCCGCUGAGUCCGACUGAUAUAAUGUUAGCCGACAGACUGGGAGAGGGUCAGUUUGGAGAUGUCCAUAAAGGAAUCCUAUACCCUGAUACUACUGAGGAGGUAGCUGUGGCAGUUAAAACUUGUAAGCCAGACUCAGCUCCAGAGGAAAGAGUCAAGUUCCUCCAGGAAGCUGCUAUCAUGAAGCAAUUCAAUCAUCCUCACAUUGUCAAGUUGUUUGGUGUCGUGACUCAAGGUCUGAGGACAUAUAUAGUAAUGGAAUUAGCACCGUUGGGGCAGCUGAGACAGUAUCUAUUACUAAAUGGUGAAUCCAUCAGUCAAGAUAUUCUCUUGAAUUAUAUUAAGCAGUUGUGCUCUGCCAUGGUCCAUUUAGAAUCAAAGAAUUAUGUUCAUCGUGACAUAGCAGCUCGCAAUAUUCUCUUACUCUCUCCUGACAAGAUUAAACUGUCAGACUUUGGCCUAUCCCGUUGGCUUGAAGAAGCUGAUUUCUAUGUCGCAUCUCGAGGUAAACUACCAAUCAAAUGGAUGGCCCCAGAAAGCAUCAACUUCAGAAGAUUCACUGGCUCAAGUGAUGUCUGGAUGUUUGGUGUUUGCUGCUGGGAGAUAUUAAUGAGGGGGGUGAAGCCAUUCAUGAGCAUCAAGAAUGAUGAGGUCAUUGGUAAACUGGAGAGAGGAGAGAGACUACCACUACCUCCCGACUGUCCUCCAUCUUUAUUCAAUAUAAUGAACCACUGCUGGCAGUAUGAGCCGGAGGAGAGACCGUCAUUCACUGACAUUGAACAGCAACUAUGUGUUAUUCUGGAGCAAGAAAAGCAUUUCAAUGCUCUUGCUGUCUCAGGCCGUAUCCGUGGUUACGAAGUACCUGACCGCCCACAUGUUCCAAUAGGACGAGUUCCUUCUGGUGGAGCCCACAGGCCCCCUCAUGACAGACCCCCUCAUGAAAGGCCCCCUCAUGACAGACCCCCUCCAGUUACUGAGAGACUAGGUGGUACUGAAGGGCCAGUAGGUACUUAUAGAUCGGAUGAUGGUUCUACUGAAGGACCUCCUCUUCCUCCAAGGUCAGUACUGAAUAGACCACUCCCUCCGGAACCAACCAGGAAGACACGUACUAACGGUUCAGACUCUACAGUUGAUCCUUAUCUAGUGACUACACUACCAGGACGAGGAGCCACACCUCCUCCAGCUAGAGGGGCCACUCCUCCUAUAGUGACCACACCCCCAUUGGCUCAGGUUGUCAGUCCUGGUGUCUCUGAGAGGUGUUUCUCUCCUGUACCGCCCCCGGCAAUAAUUAGACAACAACAAAAGACGAGGGGCAGUUACUAUGACAACGAGGAACAGCAGCCCGGUUCCGAUGGGUACUAUUCAACUGUAUACUCUGGUAAUAUUGAAGAAGAUUCUAUAAAUAGAAACGUUAGAGAUCCUUCACCGUACGAAGACCCAGAGGAAGUGGGUGUGGCUUCAGGUGGAGGAGGUGUGGCCUCAGAAGAGGAGGAGGAGGAGGAUGAUGAUUCUGUAUUGGAAGAGUUGUUAGCCUGUACUACUGGAGUGGUCCAGUCCAUUGUGGAGCUGAGCACCAAAUUACCUGCUGCUAGACCGGGGGACUAUGUUGACCUUGUCAAAGGUGUUGGUGUUUCUUUGAGACAGUUGUUGGUCAAAGUUGAUUCAUCACUUGAUAUGAUUCCUGAACACACUCACUCCAAAGUUAAAAUGGCUCACAAAGUCUUGUCUUCUGACAUGACUCAACUGGUAAAGUCAAUGAAGGAGUUACAGGAGAAUUACCAGUCCUUCCUCUUGGAUCAUUAUCAGAAGCAGAUGCUCCAAUCAGCGAACAUCAUAGCAGUCAAUUCAAAGCACCUGCUGGAAGCAUUCUCUCAGGCGAGGAGGUCACGACGUCACAAGAGAUGACACCCUCACCUCUAAUUCAAGGACACUGUUUUAGAGUUCGUGGGUUCAAUAUUUUGUCUUCAGAUUUUAUUAUUUCAAAACACAUAAUAAUAACAACAACAAUAAUGAUAAUAAAUUAUUGUUCAUUUAGUAUUAAUAAAGCUCAGCUAGUGUAUCUUAA